AUGGGUAUCUUCACCAUCUUCGCCACCUUGCGCAAAUCCAACAUCUUCAACCUGGUCUUCCGGUCCCUGCAACUCAUCGACGCCCUCGUCGUGAUUGGCAUGUACGCGGUGGACCUGAACAACGCGGCCAAGGCAGACAAGUACGCCGACGCAAAAUGGGUACGUACGACAGACCCCGAAACUCACGCACUCACGUCCUUCCCGCCCGAACUGGUCCGGGUACUAAUCGCGCUCAAGGUCUUUGCCGUCACCGUCGGGUCGCUCGCGGCCGUGACGGCGCUCAUCUUCUCGCUCGCCAGCAUCUUCUUCCACUACCGCACCGUCGCCCUGCUGUUCGCGUGGGACUGGGUUCUGACCAUCCUCUUCGCGGCCCUGUCCGGCAUCUUCAGCUCCAUGUACAUCGGCGAGAAGGUCGAGUAUGAGAGCGGCAUUCAGCGCAUGAAGACCGCCGUCGGGUUCGACCUGGCCGGGCUGGUCUUGUGGUUCGUCACGGCCGCGUUUGGCACGUGGUGGUUCGUCUCGGAGAGAAGGGGGGAGAGACGGGGACGUAGUGCCAAAGCGUGA